AUGGCUGGAAGUGGACUGUCGGACAUUCUUGAAAGUUCUUUUGGAAGUGUAGCAAACAUGAUGUCAGGAAAGAGAUAUCCUCAAAAUUUACGAGCCUUAAAAAUUCUUGUUGAAGAACUAUUACGGAACGUGCUAACAGAGGUAUCCACGCCAGAUGACUUAUUUAGCAUCUUGGAAGAAAGAGCAAGACAAGCCAGAACAACAAGACUGUGGCUCGAUAUGCUGAUCAAGCCAGUUUUACUGAUGCUACAGUUUGUCAGAGCUGAGAAAGAAGCAGAUUGGCCACUCCAUUUUCUUGCAGUUAAGUUGAUGAUGCCCUACUUCUUUGCUGCUGGACAUCAGAACUAUGCACGUUAUGGCCUGUACUAUCUUAGAACAGCAGAAGAUCUCAAUCCAGAACAACUUGAGAAAUUUCUGAAAGGGGAACAUGUCACGCGCCAUACACCUGGGAGUUGGAAUGGGAUAUGGACAGACAUGAUGAUUGAGACUACAUUCAUGAAAUAUGGAAAGGGUCCAGAUGGCAUCAUUGGCAUCACCUUAAAACCAAAUACUCUAAAGACAUGGGCCUUGAGUCUUCAUACUUGCAGUGUUUUGUCAAACGAUAUCUCUGAUAUGACAACCAAGGAUAAAUCAACAAGUCAAAUUCACAAAGAAGAAAUGAAAGGCCGAAUCUCAGCAGGUUCAAAAGAUCAUAAAAACAUUCGCCAGAAACUCCAAGAGUCAAGUGAUCCAUUAGAUGUGUCACAGCUCCCUACAGAUAAACUGUUGCAGGUUGUGAGUGGCAGAUUUGCAGACAGUUCUGUGAAUGUUGAUAAGGGACUGGCAGUAGGCCAGGAAGAAAUGGAGAAAUUUGAAUUAACAUGUCAGCUAUGCAUGGAGUCAACAUCAUCUGUGAACAAGAAGUGCAUCGACAUUAAGGCCACAGCUGAGAAACAUUCUGCUAUUAUUCCCACACUUCUUGCAAUUCAUGCCCUUACAGGCUGUGACACAGUGGCUCAGUGCUGGGGUAUUGGAAAAUCUACUGCUGUGAAAUUGUUAAAAGGUAAUUACCAUCUUCAUCAUGUUGGGGAUCUGUCUGCUUCCACUGAAGAAAUCAUACAAGAAUCUGUGUCAUUUCUGUCUGCAUGUUAUGGACACACUGCAUCUUCAAUGCAUGAGCUUCGAUUCAAGGUGUGGAAAUCAAAAGUUGGAAGAAGAAAUGCUCUCUCAUCUGUGAAGAUUAUGUCAUUGCCACCUACUCAGGAGGCAUUUGAGCAGAAUGCACUGAGGGCUCACCUGCAAACCUGCAUCUGGAAACUUGCUUUAGAUGAAGAUCCCCCAACACUAGAUCCUCUCAAGCAUGGCUGGAUUAAAGAAACUCUCAACCAGACCUUGCUUCCAGUUUUGCUUCCACCAGGGACCCCAUCAGCUUCCGACUACAUUCUCAAACUGCUGAAAUGUUGUUGUGAAAACUACACCUCAGCAAAGUGUGGAUGUGCUGUUGCUCGACUUCCCUGUACAAUGUUCUGCGAGUGUACAAUAUGUGAUGACUGCUAUAACCAGCACACCAGAGCUGCCCUUAGAGUGCUCAAUGAAAGUGACUGACAUUUCAAAUCCAUUGUGCCAAGAGUCUGAAACAGACUUUGCCUAUGACUCUCACUCAUGAAUACAGACUCAAAUUGA